AUGCGCCUCGCGCUGUGCGGCUUCCUCUGCAUGGCGGUGGCUGCCAGCGCUGCGAAUAUGCGUGGAGCUCAGGUGUCUGGCUACGGCGAGGAUCCGGCAGAGCUGCUGACGAUCUCGGACAGCAUUCCCAGGCCUAAGAUGCCUUCCAAGGGCAGAUUCCUCCUGGUCCGGGUGCAUGCCGUCUCGCUUGCACCGGGGGACUGCCGCGUCAUGAGCGGGAAGACCCGUCUGGUGCAAGGGCCUCCCUCCUUCCCGUACAUCCCUGGCGGCGAUCUUUGUGGCACCGUCGUGGAGGUCUCUGAGGGCGAGACACGGUUCAAAGUUGGCGACGUCGUUGCUGCCAUGUUCGACACUGCUGGACCCCGCGGUGCCCUUGCCGAGUACAAGAUCGUCAAGGCAGAGAAUGCUGCCGUGAAGCCUCAGAGCUUAAGCUUCGAGGAUGCCGCGGCCUUGCCGUCGAGCGCUCUGACGGCGAUGCUCCUGUGUGAGAGGUACGUCCGCAAGGGCGACCGUGUGCUGGUGCUUGGUGGAGGGGGUGGCGUCGGCUGCCAUGUGCUGCAGCUCCUGAAAGCGCAUGGAGCAAGCUACGUGGCUGCCACUUGUACAGACAAGGACCUGCUCCGCUCCUUGGGUGUUGACAGAGCCGUCGAUCGGACAGAGGAGAACUGGUGGGAGAUUGCGGAGUUCAAAGAAACUCCCUUCGACCUGGUUGUAGAUCUCUACGGCACCCACGAACCGUGGAAGCAUGCCAGCAGCUCUGGCACUGUGAAGUCUGGACGCCUUGGUGGUCGCUACGUGACGACCGUUGGUGAUACGCCGUACAUGGUCUUUCGCCAUUGGUGGCACAUCUUCAAGCUCAUGUACGACAUGACGGCUAGAGGAAUCUGGACGCGCCUCUGGAGUGGAAACCCCCGGUGGAUUUACCACCUCGGCCUAGAGCCGACAGACCUGCCGCGGCUGCUUCAGCGAGCCGAGGCAGGCGAGCUCCGGGCAGUGAUUGACUCGACUCACGAAUUCGACUUGGCAGGUCUGCAUGAAGCGUUCCGUCGCCAGAAGAGCCGCAAAGCCCACGGCAAGGUGGUGAUCGUCGCGACUGGGCGGAUAGCUCGUUGUUUCGGAGUUCCGGAUGCAGUUCUAGAGCUGUGCACUCUUUCUAAUCUGCGGUGCCAAUCCGAAGCAGAUUUUCCGGUGAUCUCGGAAUUCAAGGGGCGGCAGGGGCUUCGUCUCUCGGAGUCUCGCGACAUGGCUUCACAUGACCCCAAGCUCUGCGUAGAAGGCCUGGGCCCUUUCGGCGUGCAAGGCUGGAUAGCAGACUCGAGGUCGCGUCCCGUUCGGGAGAACCCAGAAACAAGGCAGUGUGAGACGCUGCGGAUACCCUUGGGCAGGUGCCUGCCCCACAUCCAGACGUUGCCCUGUGAACCCCCGGUGCCUGGGAAGAAACUUCUGGCAAGUCGCUGGUUCAUCGCCGUCGACACUCUGAGAAUCAUCGCGAACUCCUACCAGCAGGAGUGUGGAGGCUUGGACGAUCCAGCCAAGCCCCCCACUAAAUGGGUCAUCAUCCUAGUGGACCAGACCAGUGCCAAGGGCUCUUCGGGCACCGAGACGCGCAGCAUCGAUGAUCUGCUCGACUACAUCGAAGCCAAGGACCCCGUUCGAAGCAAGAAGCUUCGGAAGAAGCCCGCGCCGAAGGCCCAGGCCGACCCAUCUCAGCUGGGCCCCAGCACGGCGCGGCCCUCUUCGGAGAGGGUCACAUCGUCGGCGGCCGCCGCGGCCGCAGCCGCUGCAGCUGCGGUUUCUGGGGAUCCAGCGUUGCAGGUGAAGGCUGCUGCGGAGCUUUUAGCUCUUGCAGCAAAGCAAAGCAACUCCCCACGCAAGUUUGCUGCCGCGCUGGCAGCCGCAGAGCUGGCAGCCGACUUGUCAUCGUUGCCUUCCCAGGGCGCGGCCCAAAACCGGCCGGCGCCGCGGCCAGCACCGCGCCCAGGAGCACCACCAGGGAAUCCCUCGAGCCUGACUAGGCCGCGGCAGCCGCCAGGCGGCGACGGAUCGGACCAAGAGGAGGUCGCCUCGCCGUACAGCGGCCCGACAUCUGCAUCGAAGGCCCUGGCAGCGAGCCUGGCCGCUCCGAAAGCGUCCCGCUCGGCUGAAGGCAUGGCGAGCGCCUCCGUGCGCGACGGCUUUCUGAGCGUCUCUGGCCUCGAUGGCGGGUCCUUGGACCUUCAGGGGCUCCUUCUCGAGGGCCUCCGGGAUAGCCUUGCGAACUUAACACCGGCACAGCUCAUGGCGGCUGGCGCCCAAGCUUCGAUGGAGCAGGCCACAGAGACUGCCGAGUCUUCGGCACCUCGACGAGUGCCGCGGAAACGGCCCUGA